AUGGAGGUGAUGAGCCCAAAAUCCAGUCUUGAAUUUGAUGAUGGUGGUGCUUAUGUUGAUGAUGAUGUAUUUUUUGCCGAUAUCACACGGCAGAUUUUGAUCUUGACCGCAGACGAUGAAGAUUUUCCUAAGCCCAAAACUACAAGCUCAUUUAGUACUAAUGUCACCAAACGUAGCUUUGAUAUCCCAGCACCUGAUGAUUCAUCAUCACUUGUGUAUAUCAGUUGGUUGGGAAAUAAGAACACUGACUGCUCAGUUCCAGCUUCGCUUUCAAAACAGUGGGAAAACAGCAAUGGGACUGGAGUUUUUAUCCCUCAGGCUGUAAAUCCAAGAAGCAAUUACAAGCCAAGAAGGAUGAAUAACAACACAAGAAUUUACAGGCGGGUGCAGAGCAAGCAGUGA